UUUGCGAGGAGCGCUGCUGUUUGUCAUUAGGCGAAGCCGUGGAAUCUCUGUACGCGUGAUUCUGUAAACAAGUUUCGCUCUGCAAAAGGCCGGAGCGAGGCAACUGCUCUGUGCCAUCCGUCACUAGCAGCCGUGCGCCGCUUCGACAUCAGCACCAGUGCGAACGGGGAUUCGUUCUGUCACCAAUGGGUGGCCACCGAGCACGGUAGACGCUCUUCGCAAAAGCGAGCAGGUGUUUUGUGUGUUUGGAGCCAACGUUCGUGGGAGGCCGGCAUCAUUGCGGUGUUUCUGUGAGAAAGAUCAGUGUCCACCUCGCUGCCGCUAUCCUUUCGACCGCAGGAUGCAGGGACCUGAAGCUCUUCACCUGGAAGAUGCACUGGAGGAUAAUCCACAGACGAGGUCCAUGGUCCAUCUCUUCGAGCGAGAUGCUCACCAUCUUGACAAAUAUGUCAGGGUGAUGUAUGAACAUGCAAAUCGCAUAUGGAACGCUGAGAAGGAAUUGGCUGAUGCCACAGCAAGCUUGGCGUUCCAUAUGCGGCAGUAUGACACCCAGGAUUUCGCUCUGGACACAGACCCUGAUAGCAUUCUCCGGUCGACACUCAGGCAACUUUCCAGCAGCCUAGAAGAGAUCAGUUCCUGGCACCAAAUGUGCAGCGCCCACAUAGGUGACGGCAUGGUAUACCCUCUCUCUAGGUUUCUCGAAUCCGACCUCAGAGAAAUUUUCACCCUUGAAGAGCAGUACAACAAGGCCUCAGCAGAGCGGGAACAAGCACUGGGACGCUACUGCAAGAUGUCGCGCAAAAAGGACACCGAUCGGCAGCGACUGGACCUCAGUGAAGAGCUGUAUUUGGCAAACCGCCGAUUCCACACGGUGUCUCUGCAGUUCUAUGCACAGCUGAAUGCACUGCAGUACCGGCGCAAAAUGGCACUGAUCGAGCCACUUCUGGGCUAUGUGCACUCUAUGAAGUCGCUGUUUGGUGUCGCCCACGAGACAAUGCACACUGCCGAGCAGGACGAGUUCCUCACCAACAUAGCAACCAGCCUGGGAGAGGUGCAGCGAGAGUUACAGGCUCAGACAGAGAAGGCAGCGCACCAAGCGGGCGUGUUGGCACGGCAAGGGGAGGAGAGCUCGGCCUAUCUUGCUGAAGGUGCCUCUGCACCUGCACAGACAGGCCUGUCCCACAAGGCAGGCUACCUGUUCCAACGGACGAAAAUAGCAGGCAUGGUGAGCCGCUGGGACCGAACUUACUUCUACACCCUCGGGUGCCACCUUAUGCACAUUCCAAAGGGAGAGAGUGUCGGCAGUGCUGUGAUGGAGAUCGACAGGGGAACUGUCGCGCACGCCUUGGACGAAGACCGCCGCAACGUCUUCCAGAUCAGCAACGGCAAAAAGUCGGUAGUGCUUCAGGCAUUGAGUGAGCCAGAACGGGACGAGUGGAUCACCACGGUGAUGAACGUCGCUGCUGAAUGCCACCCAGGCGGCAGGUCACACUCUGUUCCCAAGGAGGCACCUGCAGGCAAGGCGGAGCGAACCCCGUCACUACCCAAUGCAGCAGCACCCGGUUCUAUGUCUGCUGCUGCUGCUGCUGCUGCUCCGAGUCAAGAACGAAAAAUGCCACGGCCGAGGCCGGCCACGAAAGAGGACCUCAAAGAGCUGGCCAACACUCCCAUCCAGUUCGACAUGUUCUCCCCAUCAGAGGACAAAGGUUCAUCUGGGCACUCUCCAAAAGAUGGACCAGCUGUACGCAUCAACCCUUUUGACCAGUGCGGUUCCUCUAUCACAAUGGAGUCUGCCAAGGAUGCGUCGUGCUCCUUCUGGGAGGCCUUCACCGUGCGAUUCCUCGGCUCCAUGCAAGUGCCCUGUGACAGAGGAGACCAGCUGGUCUGCGAGACCAUGCGCCUGAUCCUGGCUGCCCGCAUGGCACACAAUGUCUUCAAGAUGGCCGAGUCACACAUGGUGGUCAGCCAGAAGGAACUCAGGAUUUUGGACCCUUCACAUCAGGCUGUGCGUGCCUGCUUCCCAUUGGCUGACGUGUCCUUUUGGACAGUUCACAAGGAGAACAACCGGUUGUUGGGCUUCAUCACAAUUAACCCUGGCGAAGGCCCGCCCACGUACAGGUGCCACGUCUUUGAAGUGAACACAAGUGCUGAAGAGGUGUGUACUGCCCUCUCCGUAGCUGCCAACAUUGCCCUCAAGGCCCUCAUGGGCCAACAGCAGCAGCAGCAACAAGAGAAACAGGCAGACAAAGAAGACGAAAAGCAGAAUGAGGAGCUCCUACAGAAACUGAAGCUCUCCGAAGACGAAAAUGCCCUUUUUCCUUCGACUACCAAGAACGUCAAGUCGGAUGCCGCGGCUGGGAAAGAGGCGACAACUGUACCUCUAGACGCAGGCGAUGUCAAAACAACCUGACCUAACGUGCAUUUUUGAAAAAAUUUUUACAUUUCGUUCACUUGUUUUUUGGACUGCAAGUUUAAAAUAAUCUUUUGCCAAGAGGCUUUGCCAGGGAUCGCUGCUAUAUUGAGCGGAAUGUACAACUUUCAAACUCUCAGUGUAUGUCAACUGCUCAAAGAAAGUUGUCAGCAGUGAAUACAUUUUCACAGAAGGAUUCACAUAAAGCUAUCCUCCUCUUUGAGAUGUGCUGGAACAGUUCAAUGUCUGGCCUGUGUGUUCUGUAGUUGUUAUCGUUGUCAUUAGACCAUUCUGUGUUUGUGUUAACUAGAGGCAGGACCGAGUGGUCUUGCAAAUUGUUUCGGCAAGUGGUGCCAGGGAGUUGUCUUGGAAGGCAGAUCAACCAGUUAGAAGGCAACAAGAUUUAGAUUUCAUUUUGUGAGGUUGACGCUAAGGUCUGAGAGAAGCUGUAGGCAAUGAAACAUUCCUGGUAGUUUUGUUGCAGAUUUUUCAUCAGUUGUUUUGCCAUUGUACUGUGCACUUGCGAUUACACCUGUUUGCUUGUAAAUGUAUUGGUAUAGGAGUCUGAUGGGAUGUGCAAAGGCUAGGAUGUUUGUAUGAGGUUAAGAAGGCUGCAUUUAUGCUCGGUGUUUGCACAUGUGCGGUUUGUGUAAGAAGAUUUUAAACUGCUCACUCUAUUGUUGAUGAGGCUUGCCGCUAGGAUUGUGAGCAUGUCUUGAACACCAAGGCUCAAGCUAGCGAGGAGCCUCACACUUCUUGCCUCACAGAUUUUGUGUAAGGUGAGAAGACACGCAGAGGUACAAUUACUCCUGGUUGAGUCAUGGCACUUAGUUAUGUGCAGAAGUAGGCAGUAUUGUACCAGGUCAUCUGUGGAAAGCUUUGGAGCUUCAGAAAUCGGUCACGACAGGCCCGAUUGCACGUAUUGGUGUCUUGAAGCUUUUGGAAAAAGCAUUACAGUCUUUGCAGGAAGUUUACAAAGCACAAAAUAUCUGAACAAAACUGGCGGGGGUGCACACGACCAGCGCAGUGCUGCGCUGCCACACCAGUUGUGAUUAUUAAUCGAAUGUGAAUGCAGCUUUCUCACUAAAUGCAUAUCCUGUGUACUUUUGCCACUGAGUGUACCUCAUGCUUAAUAUAAGCAGCGUAUUGCGAAGAGAGCUAAGUACACCACUCACAAAUGUGUGUUUUUACGGCACAAGCAGCUAGCGAGAAAAGUUUGCUUGAUGAUUCUGCAGAACACACCCGCUGUCUAAAGCAAAGCGCACAGGCAACAAAUUAGCGUGGAACUUUUUUUUCUACAGUUCACACAUUUCAAGAAAAUGUUUGUACACAUGUAUGAAUGCGUGGCAGCAACAUUGCAACUUCAUACAGAGCCUUAAAAGAUAGGCGGCGACUGUGAAAGAGUGGGUAAGUCAGCCAUCACAGUGUGCUUUUUCGAGAUCUCGAACGAAAUAUAUAUAUACAUAUAUGUGUAUGCACCGUUAUCAUAGUGCAAAUUCCUGGUAACUGAUUAAUUACUAGCAGCUUUCCUCAACACAGAAACAAGGGGUAUGUUGUUCCAAUGUUUUUCUAGUCAGGUUUGCUUUGAAUUACUUAUUUCAGCUGGCAGACUUUGAAUGAGUGCCCUUCAGCUAGCAACAGUGAGGACAUAUGACAUGAUUGCUGAGUCGUCCAGCCAAAUGGAUGUUCUUAUUUGCAGCAAGUAGUCAAUAAAAAACGUCAAUUUGAGUGAAGUUUGCUAUUGUAGUUUUCAUAUAAUCAAGUACCUGACAAACUCGUGUCAGUGUGAACUGCAACACAAACCAGUUUUAGAGCAAAAUGAAAUGCUUCUCUUUUUUGUUUUGCAUUAACUGUACAAUAAAGUGAAGAUAGGUUG